AUGGUAACGAUUAUUGACCCACAUGUCAAGCGAGAUGAAAGCUAUUAUAUAUACAAAGAAGCUAGGGAUCUAGAUCUUUUUGUUAAAGAGUCCGAUGGUAGUUCCUCGUGGGUAGAUUUUACUAAUCCUUCGGCGCAAGAAUGGUGGAGUAAAAAAUUUGCAUUUGAUCAAUAUAAGGGAUCAACAGAAAUUUUGUUCACGUGGAAUGAUAUGAAUGAGCCAUCAACAUUCAAUGGUCCAGGAAUUACAAUGCCGAAAGAUCUUAUUCGUUAUGGAGGUUGGGUACAUCGAGACCUGCAUAAUAUUUAUGGGCAUUCUUUUCAUAGUGCAACUGCUCAAGGACUCAUGCUCUCUCGAUCAUUUUUUGUGGGUUCUCAACGUUAUGGUCCUAUUUGGACGGGUGACAAUUAG